UUCUAUAUUAUGCAUCUUGAAAAUCGCCCACUUAAGUUUUCUAAUAUCACACAUCAUGCAAGUGUGACUCAGUGCCUUGGGUCCAUUGGUGGUAAUGUUUGGUAUCUUGGAGUGGCUAAGUCAUCCAUUGUUGAUUCAAACGGAAUCAAGGACGAGACAGUGGUGCAGUCACGCAGCGGUCAUUUUUAUGCACCUCCUGCCAUUGAGGAUGUCCAAGUUUUCAAGAUUGCAGGUUCUAAAUAUCUCAAGCUUAAUCGAGGGACAUGGCAUGCUGGUCCUCUAUUUAAGUCUGAUACAAUGGACUUUUACAAUCUUGAGCUGAGCAAUACAAAUGAGGUUGAUCAUACCACACACAACUUUGACAAAGAAAACGGAGUGGUUUUUUCGAUCAAUGAGUAAUUUGAGCUUUAUGUAGUUUCCAGCGUUUCGAAUGAUUCUGCUUAUUAUGUGUCAUCAAAUGACAGAUUAUUGUAUAUACAAAAGUUGAAGCAAUUGGACACAGCUCCAAGGUUGAUCAAAGAUUAGUUUAUCAUACUUACAACCUGUGAAAGAUGAAAGAUAAUCGGAUCCAAAUCAUCAAGAGUUUUCAGGCAAUGCCAUUUACUGCAUUAUGUACGAAGCAUGAGGACUACAUGAGUUACUACAUUAAACUUUACCUUCCUAGCCUACUGCACGAGCAAUUUCCAUAUGAUCAUGAACAAAAUUGUAAUAAUUUCAAUGUAAUCUCAUAUUAACAAAUCAAUCAAUGUUAUUCUAACUUUAA